CGGAUUUGUUUGUACGUGCAGGUUGUUGCAACAAUGUAACAGAGACACGCGAAGAGGCAUCAGCAUUGACAGCACAGGAUUUCAAACCAACAGCUGGGUUUACCAAGGCAGCUGCUACCCAUUGUGCCUGGAAGAAGUCUGAGCAUCAUGUUAAACUGCACGUCCUCGUUCGUCUUUCUUUACCUGCGUUUAUAUAUCUGAGUUUCAUUCUGUGCUGUUCACGUCGUUUGUUUUUAUGUCAUUUUAAUAGCUUCAUUUGAAUGAAGCACAAAGUCAGCUAUGAGGCUGUUUGGGUUCCUCUUGAAAAACAAGGCUCCAAAGCAAAUUGAAUAUUACUCCAGGUUUUCCCCAUCGCCACUGUCUAUAAAACAGUUUCUGGAUUUCGGCAGGAACAAUGCCUGUGAGAAAACGUCCUACAUGUUCUUGCGGAAGGAGCUCCCGGUCCGGCUGGCGAACACCAUGAGGGAGGUGAACCUGCUUCCAGACAAGCUGCUGAGCAGGCCCUCCGUGAGGCUGGUGCAGACCUGGUACAUGCAGAGCUUUUUGGACAUUCUGGAAUAUGAAACCAGGAGCCCAGAGGAUCCUCAAGUAUUGGAAGAUUUCCUGGACAUUCUGAUUCAGAUCCGGAACCGCCACAAUGACGUGGUCCCCACCAUGGCGCAGGGCGUGAUUGAGUACAAGGAGAAGUACGGCUUCGACCCCUUUGUCAGCAGCAACAUCCAGUACUUCCUGGACCGCUUCUACACCAACCGCAUCUCCUUCAGGAUGCUGAUUAACCAGCACACACUGCUCUUUGGUAAUGACACAAAUCCAGCACACCCCAAACAUAUUGGAAGCAUCGAUCCCACCUGCAAUGUGGCCGAAGUUGUUAAGGAUGCCUAUGAGACUGCGAAGAUGCUUUGUGAGCAAUACUACAUGGCAGCGCCCGAGCUGAAAAUCGAAGAAUUCAAUGCUAAGGCACCUGAAAAGAACAUCCAAGUGGUUUAUGUGCCGUCCCAUCUCUUCCACAUGCUGUUUGAGUUGUUCAAGAAUUCAAUGAGAGCCACUGUGGAGCUCCAUGAAGGCAGAAGGGAAGGCAUCCCCCCCAUUAAAACAAUGGUCACCUUGGGAAAGGAGGAUCUGUCUAUAAAGAUAUGUGAUAAAGGUGGAGGUGUCCCGCUGAGAAAGAUUGAGCGCCUGUUUAACUACAUGUACUCCACAGCCCCCAGACCCAACUUCGAGCCAUCCAACACUGCUGCUCCCCUGGCUGGCUUUGGCUACGGCUUGCCAAUCUCUCGGCUGUAUGCCAGGUACUUCCAAGGGGACCUCAAGCUAUACUCCAUGGAGGGAGUGGGGACCGACGCUGUAAUCUAUCUGAAGGCGCUUUCCAGCGAAUCGUUCGAGCGACUCCCUGUGUUCAACAAGUCUGCGUGGCGGCACUACCAGACCUCGCCCGAGGCAGACGACUGGAGCAACCCCAGCAGCGAGCCCAGAGAUGCUUCCAAGUACAAAGCCAACAGAUAACUCCAGAACACCAGGGCGGGUUCUCCCUCUGCGUCGUAGAAUCCAUCGCCUGAGCGCUCGAUCCAUACGGAUUUUAAUAAGCUAAUAUUAAUAGCAUCCAGUGUGUUUGUAAUUGUUGAUGUUUCCAUAUUAAGAAGUAUUACCUAGGUCACCUCCAGGUGAAACAUUCAGGGAGAGGCACUGAGAUGUUGUGGAGUGUUACGGGUGGGGUCCUGUCCUGUUCCUCUCUCUCUUCCUCCCCUCCCUCUAUCCCGUGCUUUGUUCUUGUUUUUAUCAAUCCUUUGAAAUUUUAUACAGCGGGCAGGGGAAGUUCCAUUAUACUGUUUGUUCUGUGGGGGUGGGGUGUACCAUAGCACUGCAGAUAAUGCCCAUGGCUUAAAACUUAAGAUAUGAAAAUUAAAUUAAACAACUUGCAGUGUGAGAAAGUUAGGAUUUUCACAUAUUUCAAACCAAAAUGUUAUUAGAUCUUAAUUAUAGAUCUUAAUAAUAGGUAACCUGAUUAAACAAAUGACACAAAACAUGAUACUUUUUUAA